GGCGGCGUGCGGGCUCGGCUCGCUUCGGCUCGGUUCGGCUGCGCUCGGCACGCUGCGGUAAAUCCUACUUGGCCGCGGUGGGUGCAGGCUGCGGCCCGGUGGUCCCCGCUGCGCGCCCCGGGCCCCGAGAGCCAUGCAGCUGUCCUACGCCAUCCGGUGCGCCUUCUACCAGCUGCUGCUGGCCGCGCUGAUGCUGGUGGCCAUGCUGCAGCUGCUGUACCUGUCCCUGCUGUCGGGGUUGCACGGGCAGAGGGAGCGAGACAAGUAUUUUGAAUUUUUCCCCCCGCCACCGCGAUCGGUGGACCAGGUCAGGGCGCAGUUCCGCGCCGCGCUGGCCUCUGGCGGCGUGCUGGACGCCAGCGGCGAUUACCGCGUCUACCGGAACCUCCUGAAGACCAGCAUGGCCCCCAACGACGUGAUCCUGGCCACGCACGCCAGCGUGGACAACCUGGUGCACCUGUCAGGCCUGUUGAAGCGCUGGGAGGGCCCGUUGGCCGUGGCCGUGUUCGCGGCCACCAAGGAGGAGGCGCAGCUGGCCACGGUGCUGACCUACGCCCUGAGCAACAACUGCCCGGACAUGCGCUCGAGGGUGGCCUUGCACCUGGCCUGUCCCUCCCGCUUCGAGGCCGCCGUGCCCGACCCCCGGGAGCCGGGCGAGUUUGCCCUGCUGCGGUCCUGCCAGGAGGUCUAUGACAAGCUGGCCAAGGUGGCCCAGCCCGGGCUCAACUACGCCCUGGGCACCAACGUCUCCUACCCCAACAACAUGCUGAGAAAUCUGGCUCGGGAGGGGGCCAACUUCGCACUGGUGAUCGACGUGGACAUGGUGCCCAGCGAGGGGCUGUGGCGGGGCCUGCGGGAGAUGCUGACCCAGAGGAAGUGGUUCGGCAUCGCGCUGGUGGUCCCCGCCUUUGAGAUCCGCAACCCCCGCCGCAUCCCCGCCAACAAGAACGAACUGCUGCGGCUCUACGCGAUGGGCGACGUGCAGCCCUUUUACAACGGCUUGUGCACGCCCUGCCAGGCGCCCACCAACUACUCCCGCUGGGCCUACCUGCCCGACGCGGCGCUGCUGAGACCUGCCUACGCGGUGCCCUGGCAGGACCCCUGGGAGCCUUUCUACGUGGCUGGGGGCAAGGUGCCAGCCUUCGACGAGCGCUUCCGGCAGUACGGCUUCAAUCGCAUCAGCCAGGCCUGCGAGCUGCAUAUGGUGGGCUACGAUUUCGAAGUGCUCAACGAGGCCUUUCUGGUGCAUAAAGGCUUCAAGGAAUCCCUGAAGUUCCACCCGCAGAAGGAGGCCGAGAAUCAGCGCAACAAGAUCCUGUACCGCCAGUUCAAACAGGAGAUGCUGGCCAAGUACCCGGAUUCUCCGCGCCACUGCUGAGUGCCCGCUCCCUCCCCGAGCCCCAGCGGGUGCCAGCUGGGGUAAGACAGUCACCCCCGCCUUACUGUGGCAGCGGCGGCCGUGGAGCACUGACUUGAUCAAGGGGUACCGGGAUCCAGUCCCGGCUUUACCACUAACUAAGCUGUGUGGCCUUGAGCAAAUAGUGGUCCCUCUCUGAGACUGCUACCCAGUCUUUCAAAAGGGAGGUGAGCUGACCUACCUCACGGAACCGCAGGAGGCUCAGAGGAGGGGCCCAAGCUUCGUACAAAUGUGAAGUAUUGUUAAUAUUAUUGCAGUAUUGUCGUUGUUA